CCCAGCUCCCCUAAACCCAACUUUCUUAAACCCAACUUUCUUAAACCCAACUCCCCUAAACCCAACUCCCCUAAACCCAACUUUCUUAAACCCAACUUUCUUAAACCCAACUUUCUUAAACCCAACUUCCUUAAACUCAACUUCCUUAAACCCAACUUCCCGAAAUCUAACUUUCUCAAACCCAGCUUUUCUAAACCUUAACGCUCAUCCCUCUCGUCGUGGUUUUCCCCUACUUGGCUAACCACUAUGAUCUUUGAUAUUGACGUGUACGAUCAUCCGGAAACCUCAGCCUUUUUGAAGGAUGAAUUAUCUUUACUUAACGAACAGAUAAGGAUUGUUGAAGGGCUUGAGCAUGCUAGAGCCCGUCUUCUGGCCAAAUCUUCGUUGGAGUACAAUACACUAUCGAAGUGCGAUGUGUUCAUGCGUUAUGCCAAUGAAAGUACCCCUGGCAGUAACUUCGACCUCGAAAUCCGUAAGCUGAGCCUGGACGAGCUGGCUUUCUGCUCCAUUAGUUUCGAAGACAGGCGCCUCAAACAUGUGGUCCACCAUUUCAAAGCGGCGAAUAUCCGGAAGUAUAUGACGACAACACACGUCUCAUGCCUCGAACGGCAGGAAAUUUUCAGACGACUGAACCGUUUAUGCGCUGAAUCUGAGGGGAAACCAUUUAAGGAGAUCUACUCGUCUGCCUAUAUGGUAUACAACAAUUUUUUGGCCAAGGGCUCUAUGGAAUCGAAUGAGAUGGAUGUUGAGACUUCACUAGAUCCCGAACCUGACACGAUGGCUAAACAGCCUGGCUCCUUUGAGUUCCCCACGGCGCGAUGGAGCAACAUUGACAAAGUGUUUCCUGCACAAGCUGCAAACGCCAUCCGCCACGCGCCGCAACGUAUAGUAGAUCCGGAAAUAACAGAUUGUGUGCGAUCUAAAUUCCCUAGGGGUCGGAGUGAAGGCGAUGCGAUCGUUUGGUUGGACAUCGGGUCCAACGGGGCACUGCCAUUCCUACCUACAUAUAGGUCAGGUAUCGAAAUGGAGCAAGUUCGUGCCAUAUUUGGGGAUGCUAUCUGUGAUGCUGUUGAUGAAAGUGACCUGCGAAAGUGGGAAAAAAGAAAUGGACGUUUGAGUACAACAGAAUGCGUGAAGAUGAAGGUAUUUUGUCACAUGGAGCUUCGAAUAGGAUACGACACAACUAUAGCGAAGAAAUUAUUCAAUUGAUGGAAUAAUAGCCUUUAUAUAUUGUCGCAGAUAUGCCUGCAGGAAGUCUCAUGAUGCCAUGACUUUGCUUGGUGUUCCACACUUCGUGAUCCGCUUCAAAGAAAACCACUUCUUCGCAAUCUCUACAAAUAAGUAGCCGAUCAUUGGUCGCCUUUUCAAUCGAUUCGAGUGAUACAUAUUCGGUAAGCUUCUUCAAUCGAUCAUCGUCUGCAGGGAGCGUUUCCCACCGUGAUUCCUACCAGUAUCACAUCAGUACUGUAUAUGAUUCUCUUUUAGGAGCCAUACCAAGUCGUCUUUUCUGGUUGUCAUAACAAUCUGAAAAGGUACUCUGAGGGUACAAAGCCUGCUGUAGUUGGGCAUCAGUCUUGACCUCCGUCGGGAUGGACUUCUUAUGGCUUUACCUCCGAAGCAAAUGGGUGGUGU